AUGUUCUUCCUUCUCUUGUUGUGCGUUUGUGGUCUCCUUGUGCGAGGUGACGCACAGGACCGAGCUGCUCUGUGGAGGGGAAACGACCGAAGUGGACGAUGCCAGUACACCUUCACUGUGCCCAGCCCCGUCGAGGCCAGCUGCCCACAGACUGGAGGCCCCGAGAUGGAGGGCCUGAAGGCCAGACUCAGCAUGCUGGAGGUGCUGGUGUCCCGGCUGACUGGAGGGGACGCCGGGGGUCCCCAGGGAGCCGGGGCCAGAGCUCAGCCUGAGCUUCAGGAGGCGCUGACCCGGGCUGUGGGGGAGAGGAACCUGCUGCAAGGAGAGAAGGAGCGUUUGGAGCGGGAGUUGGAGGGGCUUCAGCGCAGGAUGGAGGAGAUGAGGAGGGAGACGGAGAAGCUGAAGAACAAACCCUGUCCUCCCCAGACCCCCGUGGUGCCACCAAAUCCCUCUCUGCAGGGCAGUGGCCUGAUGAGACCUGCUGGGGGUUCCAGUCCGAUGUCUCACCUGAUGAACAGGCCCAACAGGCAGGGAGACAGCAGCAGCAGUUUGAGAGACUCAGCGUGGCAGUACAGAUCUCCAGACUUCCAGGAGCUGAAGGCCGAGGUGACAGAGGUACCCGCUCCUGACGGCUCCGAGGACAACACAGGUUGUGGGGAGUUGGUUUCAGUUGGCGCACCGAUCACACAUAGGAAGGCCGACAACAUAGAAGGUAAAUAUGGUGUUUGGAUGCAGGAUCCUGAGAGUGUCUCCCCUUAUGGACCCAACAUGGUCUGGCGCAUUGACACCAUUGGCUCCGAUGUCAGGAACCUGUUUGGGUAUGAGGACAUGAACCAACUCUCUAAAGGCUUUCCAUCCAAGGUCCUGUUGUUACCGGAGCCGGUGGAGAGCACCGGUGCCACUGUGUAUCGAGGCUCUCUGUAUUUUCAGAGACGACGUAGCCGCACCCUCAUCCGCUACGACUUGGCCUCUGAGAGCAUCGCAGCCCGUCGUGACCUCCCCCACGCCGGCUUCCACGGCCAGUACCCCUACUCCUGGGGAGGUUACACGGACAUCGACCUGGCUGUGGAUGAGCAGGGGCUGUGGGCAGUCUACUCCACCAACAAAGCCAAAGGGGCCAUCGUGAUGUCGCAGCUGGACCCGCACAGUCUGGAGGUGAAGAAGAGCUGGGAGACCAACAUCAGGAAGAACACUGUGGCCAACACCUUCAUCAUCUGCGGCAAGCUGUACGCCGUGGCCAGCUACACGGCACCCGACACCAUCAUCAACUACACGUACGACACCGAAACCAGCCAGGGGAAGGCCGUGGCCAUCCCCUUCAGGAACAAGUACCGCUACAACAGCAUGAUCGACUACAACCUGGCUCAGAGGAAGCUGUUUGCCUGGGACAACUUCCACAUGGUGUCCUAUGACAUCAGGCUGGGUCGCCAGCAGGCAAACUAAGGCUGCCACGAGUGACUGCUGAAAAGUGACAUUUGCUCACCUGUUCCUGCUUCAAAGACUCAAGAGCUUUAGAACAUAAUGUGUGUGGUAGUAGUAGUUAUAAAGCCAACACCAUCAGUAUCAACGUGUAGAAGAGCAUAACUACCAAACUCCAAAGACAUUUGAGGAACAAUGUCCCCUGCAGGUGUGUUUUUUUUUUCUUUCUUCAGUGGGAGGGCUUUUGCUGUGGCACGGUCCACAAACAUGUUUUUAGAGGAAUUAUUUUUGUACCGCCUUUAAUUCAGAUGUAUGAUUUUGUUUUCUUGUUAACCUAUAUAUAAUUGAGGUCUGAAAGUUGACGCAUAGUUGAAUUUCACAAGCUGCAAGUGGGAUAAUUAAUGAAUACAAUUUACAACACAAACUCCUGUGGUACUACAGUGUUUCACCAGUCAACAUUUUUAUUAAAUAAAACUGCUCUCUCACUCAGCAUGUAUUCAAUAUUGCAUGUACGUGUACAUUGUAGUCAAUAUAAUGACGUAAUGUUCAAAAUUGUCAUGGAAUAAACUUCUUCCUAAAUUACAA